CCACCCUCACUGUCUCACACUCACAACGAGAAAGGAAGAAAGGAAGAAAGAGCGUCCCUUUCGGUCUCCUCACUCGCACUGUCCUUUUCCUCUGCACGCUCCCUCCCGGCGCCAAAGCGGCCGGCCUCCAUCAAUCAUCACCACCACCUCCCCGUGCCGCAUUUAAUGCCCGCGCCAACCUCUGCUGCCGCCAUUGCUGCCCCCCCGCUCGUCUCAGCGUGAAGCAGUGUACUAGCUCAGAGCCUCAGACCUCAGACCCGUCCAUUCCAUUACUCCUGCCACCGAACUACCGGUCGUUGUAGUCGAGUGUAGUAGCUGUGACCUUGUGAGUGGGGCAGGGAGACAGUGGCUAGGAGGAGCAGAGAGCUAGCUAGCUAGGAGGAGAAUGGCGCGCAAUGGCGGCGUCCCCGCUCCCUCUCUCGCCCUCGCUGCCGCCGCCGUCUGCCUCCUCUGCUGCCUCGCCGCCGGCGCCUCCGCGGCCUACUCCGUGCCGGCCGACCCCAGGCGGCAACCUUCGCCUGGCCCUGGAGGCGGAGGCUACUACCACGGCCCUGCACCUGCGGCGUCCCCGCGCCACCACCACCACCGUCAGCACGGCGUCUCGCCGGCACCGGCGCCGCACCACGCUCCGUCACCGACCGCGGGGUCAGACGGCCUGCCAACGUCUCGCCCGCCGGCCCCGGUCUACACGCGCGCCCCGGAGCCGCAGGCGACCACCACGCCGCACUUCGGGUUCCCGCUGGAGCCGACGGUGGGCGUCACCGCGGGCGGCCCGUCCGGAGCACUGCCGAAAAAGGGGGCCGGCAGCGAGGGGUACCCGUUCAUCGGCAGCAACCCCACGGUGCCGCUGCCCACCGGCGUCACCGACACCGCCACCGUGCGCCCGCUCCCGGACACGACCCGCGCCGACGACAACGCCAAGGUGGCCGGGCGUGCCGCCGAGCCCGUGCGAGCCGGGGCCGCCAUGAUUGGCGUCCUGAUGGCCGUCCUCUCCACUGUUGCCCUGUUGCUGUCCUCCUGGAGCUAGCUGAAAUCAUUGUCCUUCGCUUUGCCGCCGUGUCAACUCUUACAUGUGUUGUACUACCGGUGGUAGUACCUGUCUUUUGAGUGACUGUAAAUAUGAGUGAGUGUGGAUCAUCAUUUCAUCCGCCUAGUGCAAAAACUUUGGGAUCCAUUCAGAAA